AUGGACGAUAGUCAGAGACGCUUUCGCCGACGCGGCGGUGCCAAGAAGAAGAAAAAGGCCCAAUCCACUGUCGACGCGCCAAUCGCUGCAGCUCCAAACGCCUCAGUGGGAUAUGUCUCGGGCUUUCAAUCUUCCUCCACCCCAUCAACUUUGUCCACAGAUUUGUCAUCCUAUCUCUCUCAACUCCAAUCUAGUCUUCAGGAGCUCGACCCGGAUGGCUCUCUUGCCACCACAUUUGCGGGCUCGUCCACUGUGGACCCCGACGACCCGCCGCCGUCCGUGCUCCUUGCUCGAAAUGCGAUCGCGGAACUCGCUCCUCGGGUCCACGAAGUCGCAAGAGACGCGUUUGGAUCCCGCUUGCUAGAGUCGCUCCUCCGCGCAUGCGCUGAUCCGGGCCCGCCGGCCGCUCUGUUGGGCGCCGCUCUCGACGCUGGGCCGCAGCGUUUUGCCGCCCUAGCCGCACACCACGCUGCGAGCCAUGUGGUGGACGCAGCCUUGCAAGCGAUUGGUGGAGGGUGGGAGGGCGACGGGGACGCGCGUGCAUGUCUGAAAAAAAUGGCGGAUACGGUGGGCAAAUGGACACAGAGCGACUUUGCUGAAGUAGUGAAUAGUGCGAGCGGAAGUCACUCUUUUCGCGCGAUCGCUGCCACUCUCGCCGGAAUUCCGCGCGAUGAGCCACGCGAGGCCAAGUUGGACGACUCUGAGCGUGGUCGGAUUAGGAGUUACAUUGAGCGCAUGGCCGUUGAUGUACCCGACGAAUGGCACUUGGCGUUGCACACUAUGACGGAAGGGCUUUUGCAGGAUGACGCAAUCGAUCUGCAGAAAAUGCUCUGGAAGCCAUCGUCUUGCGCAGCUCUGCAGGCGUUGCUUGCGGGAGUGAGCGUAGGAAACAAAGAACUCGCACUUCAGCUUGCAGAAUACUGCGCCAAGGGCCAGGAAGACCAGCUGAUGCGAAACGCAUGUGGGAGCAGGUUUAUCGAACGGGCAGUUUUAUGCCUUGGUGCUAAAGUCGUGCAAGGCACCUACAAAGGGAGGCUGCAAGAACUCAGUAAGGAUCCUAAAGCAAAUUUUGUUGUGCAGCGGAUUUUGCUUGGGCUGAGGGGUAGGGGACAAGUGAUGAACGCGUGGGAUGAGCUCGAGGACGCAGUUCCAGAGAUGUUGGGUUUCGGAAGGGCGCGCGAGGGCGUGGUCCUGUCACUGCUGCGUGUGACAGAGGCAGAGGGAGAUGAAAACUGCAGAAGGAGAGCGAGCCGCUCCGUCGCGCGGGCGUGCGGGGCUGUGGGGGAAAGAGGUAAAUCGUUUGCUGGGAUGCUGAUGAUGGGCUCUGAGGAAAUGUGGAGGAGAUGGCAAACGGAUGUCAAGCAGCUAGGCAGGACGGGGAUGGGAAUGUAUGAGCGAAUGGGUGAUGUGCUCUUUGUGCCGAAAAAGUUGCUGAGUCCGAGCUUACUCGGCACAUUGAUUGCAAGAUGUGUCAUGCGAUUCUCCGGCGGGCCGGGGCAGUUGAUGAGAGAUUCAAUGGCAACUCUUUCAGGAGAAGAACUAGUCGCACUUGUCGGGAAUGCAGUGGGGAGUCGGUUAGUGGAGCAAUGGGUGGAUGGGGAGACACUGGAGGUGAGCAAAAAGAUUGCUGCAAAGGUAGUUAAUGCGAUAUCAGGAGACAAGGCCGAGGGAAUUCUUGCAGCCGCAAAGAAUCCGUAUGGUGCACAGGUCGUGGUCAGGUGUGCUGGUGUGGUUGCGGGGCCACUGAGAAAGAUCAUGAUGGAGGCGUUUGCGUCGGAUUUUGAGGAACUGAAAAAGCAUGAUUGCGGGCAAAUGGUGCUGAGAAAGUGCCGGGUCGAGCAGUACAUGCGACGAGGGGAGGAAUGGGAACAUGAAGAGACGACGCGCGAGACGCGAGAAAGGCUGUUUACAGAUAUUUUACAGGAUGACGACGAAGAGGACGGUAACGAGGUUGAAGAGAAGGCAGCAGAACAGGAGAAAAAGGAGAAAAAGGAGAAAAAGGAGAAAAAGGAGAAAAAGGGGAAAAAGGAGAAGAAAGAGAACAAGGAGAAAAAAGAGAACAAGGAGAAAAAAGAGAAAAAGAACAAGAAGAAGAAAAGGAAGAGGACGGACAGUGAUGUUGAGAUGGAAAGCGAGAAAUCGGUGAAGAGCGCUAGGAGCAAAGAGCCGAAUGUUAUCUUCGACUCGCUUUACAAAGACGCAGAGGUGAGAGGAGACAUAGGGAAGGGGGCCGUUGUGAGAAAUGAAGACAAGAGUGACGAGGAGCAAGGCGGGGGUGGCCUAGAGAAGAUCCUAAACGCGAUCAAGGAUAAAGCGAAAACGCCCGAUGCAAAGAGGUCAAAGAAGAAGGACAAGGGGAAGAAGAAGAAGAAGAAGCGGAACGAUUCUGAAUAAACGAGACGUCAUAUGGGUUAGCUCACGAUAGAUACGCAAAAC